CAAAGCCGUGAGGAUUUCGAAAAAGAUGAAACGAACAAAAAAGAGGCUCAACUGCAGCUUGAAGCGGCCAUGCGUGAAAGUCUACUGGAAAAGGAACGUCUUGAAGCGGCUCGCCUCAAAGAAGAAACUGCUAUGACUGAGGUUAAUCAAUUCCUCGUUUUUAUUCUUUCAAUUCAUUUGAUUUACAAUGGUGCAAAUGAUGUCGAAUGA